AAGCUCGCAACACAGCGCCGCACGCAGAAGCAGGAAGUCGUGCAUGCGGAGCGCUAGGAUGAGUGAGGAACACAUUCCAGCUACGUCUCAUACGAGAACAUCGAUCCGUUCGCAUACAUGGUGAGAGCACUGUCAUCUACCAUUUCGGCUGGCCGUGGGUUUUCCUAGUUCUAUUUAACGAUAAAAGGUAACAGCAUCGUGUCUGAGAACGAUUCGGUGUUUUUGCAAGAAACAGGUGCAAUGUGCCGUCCCCUUUCCCUGCGCUCACCUUGCCAGGGGUUGAUGGCGUACAUUGGAUCUGUGUAAGAGACGGUAGGUAGGAACUCUUCAAGCACACCUUGCAAGUGGUUGAAAGCGUACAUCGGAUCUGUUAAGAGACGUUUUUUCGGUGAGAGGUCUUUAGUUUAAUGCAUUAGCAUUUGAGAAUGGCAACUAAAUGCGUAGACCUAUUCGGAAAUUGGCUUCGUAGUCUGACGUGGCAAGUGCUGUUAAGGAGAGGCUAUUCGGUGUUAGCAGAGAACGGCCGCCGGGUGACAGCGUCUAGUUACAGAAUCACAGGUAGCUGCUUGAUUCUUCCCUUUAUCCUGGUGUGUGCGAAGCCCGCUAACGAAGUGCAUGUGGGAACUUUCAGCCCCAUGAAAAGGCUACCGUCUUUUAACAUGCGUAACGAGAAGUGGCAAGGGGAACAUGAAUCUGUGCAAUACUAUAAACAGUCUACUGGAUACAAUCCUGUUGAUUGGACACCGCUGCUGGGGAGGCCGUGAGGGGGGUCGCUGACACAUGAUAGGAACGGCUACCAGGACCGGUUCUGGAAUUUGAUCCCUACGGAAAAAAGGAUUAUUCGUCAGUCGAGCGCAAGGGGGACCGUGUGCACUGGAGGGUGGUGCAUUUACGUGGUACUGAAGAAACAGUAUGGUGUUCACCUGUCUCUGUUCUGUUACAUGAAUCUGACCCCGCUGCCCAUGCCGACUGGUAUCAGUGCGACGAAUAUAAUUCCCAUGCAAAUGUCUGCUUCUGCACGAGAAUCAAAGUGCGUGCUGACUAUGAAACAUUGGAAGUACGUAGGGAACUACCGUUCUGAAAAAAGAGUUUCGCUCGAAUACUGAUGUUUGAAGAAACAUACCUUAUACGUUGCUGCGAAUAUUUAACGCAUAAAGCGAUGCCGCGUACACGCGAAAACAAGCGGGGGCUGCUAUUGAGUUUCUUUGUGAAGUCGGGUGAAACCCAGAUUGACAAGCUUGAUCCUGGUUAAUCGGCCGCUUUGUGGAUGGCCAUACCCUUUACGAGUGCGAGAUGAUAGACCUGCGUAACGAAAAACACCUGAGGUCAUGUAACAUCGAUGGAGCAAUGGUGACUCGAGAUGAUUAUUCUGUAGCCAUGGAUGAGGAACUGGCUGACUGGGAUUUGGACCAACAGAAUAAAACAGACCGACUGAGAGGCAUUUUGGACAAGAUCGAUAGGGAAAGCUACAAAAGUAUUCAGUGCCUCAAGUCAACAUUAGAAGCUGUGGACAGACGAAUAUCGACGGCGGGACUGUCGCAGCAGCAACGCAGUGCAAGGAGUAAAAGUGAAGAUCUGCAGGGCUUCACUGGAAGCCGGUUGCCCCGCCGGUUUUUCUACAACAGAGUUGCCGAUGAUUCGCCAAGCGUGAAAUACCCAGCCACGUCCUCAACAGUCCCCCCUAUUCCUGCAGUAGAUUCGAAGCCUCUCUGCGAUUCACUCAGCAUAUCCUCACCCAGUAGCACAAGUGUCCAAAGGGUUUCAAGAAGUCGACCUCGAAAAAAGACUGGGUCUCGUCAAAAACCCACUCGGUCGGGUGUUGAGGAUGAACCUGCAGAAGACCAAAACGCACCCGUGCCUGGUCAGCUAGAAGGCGUCUUCAAAGGCUUGCGAACACUGAGAGUCGAAACACAGCGCCUCUGGACGGGACUCCAGCAGGCCCGGGAGUACGCAAACCGAUGUUCUACAGAGGCGUCUGCCUCGAGUCACUCUCCUCCAGACAAUCUGAAGGAAUGUAGGCGCGACAGCGCUCGCAGAACCUAUAUACAACUCCUUGACUGUAUUGAUUCAUCUUCUAAGCUUGCGGAAAGACUUGAGUGCAGAAUAAACAUUCUGGAGGAGAAAAGUCGGCAGAAGCUAACUCAGAUCUACAACGACCUCUAUAUACGUCAGAAGUUCCGGUUACCACCGUGGCCGGUAACUGUUAAGCCUGCUCCGACACUUCUGCUGCGCGCGCAGAGUGGCCUGCAACACGGAUCCGCUGAGGCUGUGGAGGACAACGGUGAUUGCUCCUCUCGGGCAUCAGUCAUGCCGCUAGUAGGGUCUGCGUCGUAUCCCAGAGACGCGAAGCCCUUCGAGUCAGGGGACAAAAUUUCGCAUCCAGGUUCGCGGGUCGCGACCAGAGAACAACUCAGGGAUGAACUUCUGUCAGCGUGUCUCGUGGAAGAUCCGCGUAGCCGACCGAAAAGUCUAAUCUACGAAUUACGCGCCAACAGGCGCUCGGACAGCCGUCUCCGUGCCACCUACAAUUACCCAACGCACUGGACGGCAUACGCACAUAUCACCGAGUUUUAA